GCGAUUGAUAGCCCUUAAAACAGACCCGACGACCGGACAAAUUUCUCAACUCGAGCUUCUUCUUGACUUCCCAAAUUCUAGUCUAUCAGAAUGGAUGACGCACAGCCUAUUCCAGAAGGAACGAACUUUAAGUUGUCUAAUCUCCUUCGGGAGGCUGACUUUAAGCAACUAUGGAGCAAACUCGAAAAAAUCGGGAAUGAUAGAACGAGGAUCUUGCGCAACAUUGGAUUCGUCAACUUCCAGUUGAUGCAAGGGCCGGAGCCCGGGAUACCUAGCAACAUACUAGAUAACAGAUGGUGGUUGAAGGAGUUCGACGAGCCAGACACUCAAAACUUCGAGACAAGCCAGGAGCAGAUGCAAAGAGAUCUCACCGACACGACAUAUAUUUUGGAGCAGUACCUCGAAUACAAGGCCAGAGAGAUUUUCUCUAUAAAACUUCGCGUCUCGCUUGAACAUCUGGAUGAAUUUGUGUUUAAAGCCGACAGCUUCAGUCGCUGGUCCACAGAAAGUAGGGACGAGCACAUUAAAGCUGGCUCCAAGCUUCUAUCGGAGAUUGAAAGGUGGAUGAAAGAUGACAUAGCAAUCAUCGAGUGGCAUUACCUAUGCCGCAAUGUUCGCAUGUUCUGUCGCCGUGUGGGCUGUUUAGAGACAUCUUUCAACCCCUUCAUCAACCUGGAGAAGUUGGCUUCUAUGGACCCUCGCCCUGGAAUUACGAAAUAUGAGAAAGCACUUCAAGCACGGAUCGUCGAACUAGAAAAGAAGGUCGACGAGCAGACACGACAACUUAAACGGCUGGACUUAGGACGGAAAACCCAGGCCGAAGUCAGUUUUCGAGUCGUGCUCGAGAAACUGGGAGGAGCAGUCAAUAAUAAAGACAUUGCCCGAUCCUGGAAAGCCUUCUGGAAGGCUGCUCUGUACCGCGCGGCCAAAAGACCUGAAACUCCUCUCACCGGCGUGCUAAAGGCGUUCAAUGUCAACUUGGCCAACGUUAACAAUGGGACUAGUGAUCAGAGUUUCAUCGACUUGCUCAACGUCGGGAAUCACCUGUAUGGAAGUCUCAGUUGUAAUACCCACAAUAGCGGCGUCCGGAACCACCAAGGACCAUCUGGUCCCAGUAUUAUUCGUCAGAACGCCCCAGAUUAUGAAGGCGAGUACGACGUCGAUCCGAUGUAUUGGGAUGUUAUGCCUUAUGCUAUCCUUCGGGCAUUAGCACCCCUCCAGGGCAAUGUCGAUGCGGCUGGCUAUGUCCUCUGGAAGGAUGAGAAAAGGAGGCACUUCUAAAGAAGCAACCGGCGCCGACUCAGCUGCGGCAGCUAUUCACUUACUCCGCCUCGCCAAAUUCCUAUGGACUUGAAUUUCAUCCACAUAGAAGGAUGCAAAGGCCGGACAGGCAUGUUCCUAUCAGCGGAAAUGCUUAGCACGGAGUGCAGAAGGUCGAGUCGGCAGCGCACAUCUUCUUCUGAGAUAUUGAGGAGAUGAGCAAGCGACAGAAUAGAAAGGGGACUUUCAAGCGUCACGAUGGUUCUAAUAAUGUCUCGAAAUUCGCUCGGGCGCCAUUGACGGACCUAAUGCGUUGUGGUCGUUGGUCUGAGGUAUCUUGAUGUUACAAGGCUCUAUGCACUUACCUAGUG